GCGGCUGCACUGGUAGUAGUACUGCUAUUGGCGCUACCAUGACUGCUGCUGCCGACGGUGUCAGUGGCGUGGGGUUGGAACCCGCCGCGCCGCCCAGCCAAUUCUGGAUCCCUUCCGCCGCUGAAAUCCUAAUUAGCAACACUCACUUCACCUGCACCGUUUGCAACAAAACUUUCAACCGUUUCAACAACAUGCAGAUGCAUAUGUGGGGGCACGGGGAGCAGUACCAGCGGGGAUCAGAGUCGCUGCGGGGCGAGACGCCGGCGCUGCUGAAGCUGCCGUGCUACUGCUGCGUGGAGGGGUGCAAGAACCACUUCGAGCACCCACGGUCGCGUCCGCUCAAGGACUUCCGCACGCUGCAGACGCACUACAAGCGCAAGCACGGCGCGCGGUCCUUCGCGUGCCGACGCUGCGGCAAGGCCUUCGCCGUGAGCGGCGACUGGCGCACCCACGAGAAGAACUGCGGCAAGUUCUGGUUCUGCAUCUGCGGCUCCGACUUCAAGCACAAGCGAUCCCUCGAGGACCACGUCCGCUCCUUCAGCGCCGGCCACGCCCCCCAUAUCCUCAACACCACCACCUCCAUCGUCGCCACCAUGGACGUCGACGAGGAGGAAGAUUACGACGACGAGGAAGAGGUGAAGGAUCGGAUUGACGAGGUGGAGAUGGCCAACUAAUGAAUCAAUCAGUCAGUCAGUCAGUCAAUUUCACGACUAGCUUAAUUAAUUAAUUAUAUGCGCGCAUGAUUGUUUACUUUUUCGCUUUAGGUUACUGCAUGUCCACUUCUUGUGCAUGAGAAGGUGAAUCUUUUUAAUUAAUUAUAUUCUAGCUAGGAGAGACGAGUUGUAUGUACUUGUUAUUCUAGCAAUUUCGAUUCAG